AUGGAAAAUGUAGAAGAUAUGGAAUUUUUAAAAAACAAUAUGUCAAUUUUUGAAAUGUCAAAUGAAAAAGAUUUAAAAGUUAAUAUAAUAAAUCAUGAUAAAAAUUGUAUGGAAUAUUAUACAAAUAAAUUAAAAAAUAUUACAAUAGAAAAUGUUAAAUAUUUUGAUAUAGAUAUAACUAAUGAUGUUAAAGAAAUAAAUGAUCCAUUCUCUGUUCCUAUCAAAUUAAAUGAUGAAACAGAAGAUGAAUAUUUCCAAUACAAAAUAAAUAAAAUAUUAUCUCCAAAUUCUGAUUAUCAUUAUGCUAAAAAAAUUUUAUCUCAAGAUAUGAACAUAACAAUUAAUGUUGAUGAUACAAAUACUGAUUCCAAUUGA